AGACGUCUCUGUACACCAUAGAAAGCAGACUGAUCCUCCAAUUUCCACAGAACCCAGCAUUGUCUGAUUAACCAGCUAUAAUAAUGGAUUCCCGUACAGUUAUUUCCCUUGUCCUGGUUAUCUAUGGGAUCUGCAUGCUCGCAGAGAAGACACAGGGGAGUUUUGCACAUUUUUACUCACACAGUGAUGUUUGCAAUAUGCAGCAACGCAGCAAGAACAGAGCAUGUAAGAAGCUUGUGCAGAGGUCUGAGGAAGGGGAUGUCAGAGGUGGAAGUAAUUCUAUGGACGAAGCUGAUGUAGAGAACAAGGAAGUGAUAAAGAUGAUGGCUCCUUUGGAGAUUGACGUAAGACUGGAUUCCCGACAGAUUGACAUUUAUCGAGAUAAUGUUGAUGGGAUAUUUGGCGAGGAAGAUCAAAAGCCAUAAUAUUGUAGAACACCUUAUUCACAAUAAUUCUAUUGUUAUAAAAUAAAGUAUUUGAUUUCUGUAAUAAAAUACAUUAUUGUGGG